GUACUCGUUAACACGAGACGCUCGAACACACGAACCUUUCGAACAGCCUCUGAUCUCAAGCAGGACGAAUUUCUAGGCACCAAAACCUACCGGGCGUCAGCGCAGAGGAGUGUUCGAACAGGUCGUGUGUUCGAACGACUCGUGACUACGAGUAUUCAUACGUCUGUAUCCGUACUGGUAUAUCGUAGCCUACCAGCAGAACCACUGCUCAACACCUUUUUCUUCAUGCAAGAUCCUAGUCAUUCCAUCGGGGCUGACGUCUUACCAUCUCCCGUAACGUGGGACAAGGUCAGACAGUCGGAGGUAUUUGACAAGGAGGGGAACAAGAUCAUAUUUGGUGAUCUGGUGAAAGACAAGAGAAUGGUGGUCAUUUUCAUUCGACAUUUCUGGUGUGGUAACUGUCAAGCUUAUACGUCUCAACUGGGGCAACAGAUCCCCCCUUCGUCUUUACCCUCUGGCACCUCCAUCAUUAUCAUAGGAUGCGGUUCAUACCAACCUAUCCAAGCUUAUCAAGACCUGACCAACUCCCCUUAUCCCAUCUACGCAAAUCCGUCAUUAUCACUCUACACCGCUUUACAAUUCAGCUCCAAAUUAGCCGGCUCAAAGAAGGGUGAAGAAAAGGAAUACGAAAAGGAUCUCGGAGGUUUGUUAUCGCGAACAUGGACCAGUUUGAAGAAUGGACCAGGAAAGAAUUUUGGACAUGUGGGAAGUGUUGGACCGAAAAGUCAGAAUGGAGGGGAGAUGAUUGUAGAAGCGGACCUGGGUUUGAAGCCUAUAUGUUUUUUCUCUUUGAUCUCCAAGUUGAGUAAAGCAAGAUGGGUUAUUUGCUGUGAACCUUUGUGA